AUGUCUGAAAAUGUGUAUAUUAAGUUGGCACCCCUUAAGUCACUGACUCGCCUGAUGACGUUUUCAAAAGUCAAGGUGGUUUGCCUUCUGAUGGUCUUGACACUGACGCUUCUCAUUAUGGCUUCCUACAACCUGACGUGGGACAGGAUAAGACUUCCCUUCACCACCUCACCCGAUCAGGUCAGGCCUGGGGUCGUCCAGUCAAACACAGCAGCAGCUGAAGUUUCCUCUCAAAACAGUUUAAUAGACAUGAAACAGCUGGUGGAGAUCAUUAACUCCAAACUGGAAUACACACCCAGGAAGGUGCCUGAUGAAAAAGAUGUCAUUGAAAUGGACUCUCAUUUGUUCUCUGUAAUUCCUCGCCAUUUCCUGCCUGGUGUCAAGAGCCCUUGCUGGUAUGAGGAGAUCUCCAGUGAACGCAGCACUGAUCCAUACAGGAAUAACCACUAUUGUCCUGGCUCACCAACCAGAGAGACUUUGUGUGACAUUAUGAGGCCAAACUUCCACAAGCACUUACAACACAGAGAUGGCAAAUUGUUUCGUUUGCGCUGCUUGCCGUACUUCUACAUCAUUGGCCAACCAAAGUGUGGCACAACUGACUUGUACUCCAGGCUGCGAAUGCAUCCAGAGGUCCAGUACAGCAUCAUAAAGGAACCACAGUGGUGGACCAGGAGACGCUGUGGUUAUACCCACAUCCAAAGUGCCUUCAAAGGCAUUUUUCCUGUGGAAGAUUACCUGGAUCUGUUUGACAAGGCAGCCCAACACAUCCAAGAAGAAAUGACUCGAAAUUCAUCUGGAGACCACCACAUAACCCAGUUUGUAACAGUUGAAGCCAGUGGCGCCAUUAUGUGGGACAACCAAGUCUGGCGGUAUGUUCGCAGAGACAGGAAGGAGACAGAGCCCGGUUUUCUGACCCAGGACUUCAUCCACGCACUGCAGCCUGGUGCCAAACUCAUUAUCAUCCUGAGAGAUCCUGUAGAGAGGCUUUAUUCUGACUACCUGUAUUUUAGGAGGGACAAAAAGACAGUAAAGGACUUCCAUCAGAAGGCCAUGAAGUCUGUCCAGUUGUUUCAGUCCUGUCUAUCUGAAUGGUCACUUCGUUCCUGCGUCCACAACAUAAGCCUCCUCAGAGCCAUGCCGGUAAGAUGA